AUGAAGGCAUCCACGAGGAGCUCGUUUCUCUUUUCAAGAUCUUCUUCAAAGAAGCUGGAAAUAGAUGAGGAUGAACGUCUACAUGUACAAACGGGAAGGGGGGAGACUGCUGGACAAGCUGACGACACAAAGAAAGAGUUGAGCAAUCGUGGCUUCGAACUCAGCGAUGUUGCAGCUAUUAACGCUGGAGAGCCGAAUGACCGCAAGAUAGAGGGGUUUCUUGUGUUUCGUAAACGCAUGCGCCAACGCCGAUACUGUAUUUUGCAAGGCGAUACGAUGCUUGUAUUCAAGACCAAGCCAAGUGAUUCAGCGUCGCCCGGUGUCCCGAAAAAGCAGAUCAGCGUGGUUGGUGUCAAGGAUGCACUGGAGCUCGAAGCGAGUGUGCGAGUUGCGCUGCUUGGAAACGGCGCCGCCGACAGCUACGAUAACACGCUGGUAAUCAGCUCGCACAAGGCGAAGCUCGUUGUGAUAGAUACUGAUACCCUCACUGAAAAGGAGCGAUGGCUGCACGCAAUGUCCACAAUCCACGUAAAUUCUGGCGACAGUGAGAAGAAUUUUUUCGAGUCUAUUCUUUCGGCGGACACUUUCGACGCCCAAAUGGCUGUAACGUUGUUGCACAAGUACCGCUCUAAUGCUGUUGCAACCGAACUGGUGCUGGAUCGUCUAGCCUCUUAUGCGGAGGAGAAUGUCGACGAUGUGGAGUUCUACAUUCAGCAGAUCGUCCAUUUGAUCGUCAAUACCGAGUUGGUAGCAACGGAUAAACUGGUGAACCUGCUGCUCUCGAUCUGCCGGGCGAAAGCGUACGUUGAACAUCUCGGCAACUGCAUUCACUUGGCGUUGCAGCUCUUCUGGCUACUGGAAGCCAAGAUCGCCGACAAUGAUCCGAAAACGUACAACUUGUGCGCCAGGCUCCUCAUGUCCAUCGAGGCUAAGGUUGUCAACCAACACUUUGAAGUGCCUAAUACGCAGACUGCAGAAGAUGUCACUCGACGGCUCAUGGAUAUUCCUCAAAUGAGGGAGAAAUUGGAGCAGGUAUCUGUUGAUGAUACUCAAGGCAAAGAAGAGGUGACAGGGCUUGCUGAACGCCUGGCAGCAGAAUUGGAGAGCAGUAGCGCAGCACCCUUGACGCCUAGUAAGAUCAGCAGUCAGCAUGCUUUGCUUUUGGAGUGGAUGGAGAAGGAGCGGAAGAAGCGCUACAAGUAUUUCCACGAACAGCGAGACUUCGUGAAGGCACUCACAGAUAUCUCGGAACGAAUGCGAGCUGUAAACCCACCCCAGAACCGGAAGAAACUUCUUUCUGGAGAACUGAAAGCGUUGGUUAUCCCGGACAUGGCGUACGUUCCUCUCGGUCGCGUGUCAGAUUCAUUUUGUCGCAUCACUCGUGUGCUUCCAGACGAAGGAACAGUUUUCUCUACUCACAGCCGAGCGCCGUGCUUACUCUGCUUCGAAGUUAUCGAAGAUCAAGUCAACUCUGCUGGACAACGCAAACUCUCAACAGAACUAAAGAACUCUUGUGGCCUGCUUCAUAAAUCCGCAUCUGACCCAGCACUCGCAAACUUGGAAGCAGAAGUUGCCAGUCUCGUCAAAAAGUUUGCCAUUAAAGGACAGCUUAUUUGCGUUGAAAAUCCGCUAAGUCCCCACGAAAAUGAAGACGAUGGUGCUGAUGCUGAAGGUGGCCAAGACGACAAUGGUACGGCUGAUAUCCUCGAAUCCAUUGAUGCACCUAUCUUCCCUUUGGAAGGCAUCCGGAGUGGCUUAAGUUCUCCAACCUCAACGGUGCUUUCCGAUGAUUCAAUGGACUCGACAUCCGAGCUGAGCAGGGAGGGCUCACAGCAACUGAAUCUCAUUCGCGGAUACUCGAAGACAGCAUAUGAAAUGGGGCUCUCCAAGCUACUCAGUGCAAGUGAGGUGUUCGGAGAGAGCUGGGAGGCGAAGAAGGAGCGUAUUCGUGCAUCAUCACCUCAUGGCGAUUUAUCCGGAUGGAACGUUAUCUCACUGAUCUCCAAAAGCAAUGACGAUAUUCGACAGGAAGUCUUUGCGAUGCAGCUGAUCACCACGUUCCAGAACAUUUUCCGUGAGAGUGGCCUGCCAUUGUGGCUACGUCCAUAUCGAAUUGUGUCCACGGGUCGUACCAGUGGUCUACUGGAGACCAUCACUGACGCGCAGUCGUUGGAUGGCCUCAAGAAGAGAAGCGACUAUGCAGGCUUGCGCGCUCACUUCGAGAGAACUUACGGUGUUGGUGAUGAUUUCAAGAAGGCCCAGCGUAAUUUCCUGCACAGUCUUGCAGCCUACUCCAUCGUGUGCUACUUGCUUCAGAUCAAAGAUCGCCACAACGGAAACAUCAUGCUCGACACAGAAGGCUACCUCGUGCACAUCGACUUCGGUUUUAUGCUCGGCAUUGCUCCAGGCGGCAACUGGAGCUUCGAGACGGCACCUUUCAAGUUAACCAAAGAGAUGGUCGCUGUGCUGGGCGGGGUAUCGUCCCCACUAUUCGGCGAGUUUGUGCAGCUGGUGGCAUUAGGCUUGCUAGCCGCUCAACGGAAAUCUGACCGGGUGGUGGCGCUUGUCGAGAUUAUGAUGCACAACUCAACCUUCCCGUGCUUUCAAGGACGUGACGUGUCUCGCGACCUGCAGAAGCUUCGCAGUCGUUUUCUGCUUAACUACUCCACUGAGAAAACUGUUAAAGCGGUGGUCAAGAUGAUUCGCGCGAGUUACAAGAACAAGUGGACCAAGCGCUACGACCAGUUCCAGAAGAUCACAAACGGCAUCAUUCCGUAG